AUGUUCCAGAGAGUCAUCCUCAGACAAGUCAAGGCCGCUCGGUCUCUGGGCUUCGUCCACCCGACACCGUCAUCUCCAUUGUCUCUCCGUCGCAUAUCACAGCUUCCUCAGACCUUCCGUCCACUGACUCGACAGCCCAAUUCCCGAAGCUACUCUACCGAGAAGCAGGCCGAGCAACAGGAGAAUGGCAACAAGGAGGCAGAGUCCAAGGAAACUGCGGAGGACCCUGUGCAGAAGGAGCUCGAGGAUAAGAAGAAAGAAAUUGUGGACCUGAAGGACAAAUAUAUGCGCUCUGUGGCAGACUUCCUCAACCUCCAGGAGCGCACCAAGCGUGACAUGGAGAAUGCCCGUAACUUCGCAAUACAAAAGUUCUCCGUCGAUCUGCUGGAGAGCAUCGAUAACUUUGACCGUGCUCUCCUUGCCGUUCCCGAGGAGAAGAUUACAUCCCCCUCGCCCGAAAAUAAGGAUCUGAAUGAUCUGGUCUCCGGCUUGAAGAUGACUCAGAAUAUCCUAAUGAACACGCUAAAAAAGCAUGGACUAGAGAGAUUUGAUCCCAGCGAGCCUGCUGAGGACGGCAAGGCUCAGAAGUUCGACCCCAACAGGCAUGAGGCCACUUUCAUGGCGAAGGCUGAGGGCAAGGAGAAUGGCGAUGUCAUGUACACCCAGUCCAAGGGCUUCAUGCUCAACGGUCGGGUCUUGAGAGCUGCCAAGGUUGGCGUUGUCAAGAAUGACUAA